CUCCAUCCCCCUCCCCGCCCCUCCCGCCCCUCCCUCCGCGCACGCGCCCCGCGGCGCCCCGGCGGCGGAGCCAAGAUGGCGGCGGUGGUUCAGAAUGUGGUCAAGCUGCUGGGUGAGCAGUACUACCGGGACGCCAUGGAGCAGUGCCACAGCUACAACGCGCGGCUCUGCGCCGAGCGCAGCGUGCGCCUGCCCUUCCUGGACUCGCAGACCGGCGUGGCCCAGAGCAACUGCUACAUCUGGAUGGAGAAACGGCACCGCGGGCCCGGUUUGGCGGCCGGGCAGCUCUACUCGUACCCGGCGCGGCGCUGGCGCAAGAAACGCCGCGCCCACCCCCCGGAGGACCCCCGGCUCUCCUUCCCUUCCAUCAAACCCGACGCGGAGCAGGCGCUGAAGAAGGAGGCGCUGCUGGCGCAGGACGGGAGCAGCCUCGAGGCGCUGCUGCGCACGGAGCCGCUGGAGAAGCGCGCGCUGCCGGAGCCGCGCGCCGACGACGACGGCCUGGCCGACUUCCCGCCCGCCAACAGCCGCGCCCGCAAGCGGAUCCUGGAGCCCGACGAUUUCCUGGACGAUUUGGACGAUGAGGAUUACGAGGAGGACACGCCCAAGCGGAGAGGGAAGGGCAAGGCCAAGGGAAAAGGCGUCGGGGGGGCUCGGAAGAAGCUGGACGCCGCCAUCCUGGAGGACCGGGACAAGCCCUACGCGUGUGACAACAGUUACAAACAAAAGCAUUCCUUGAAACCUCCCGACCGAGGUAGUUCCGCUCUCUCUCUGCUCGUUUUUCCUGCUUUUCCUCCUUUUUUUUCCCCCCUUUUUUCCACCCAAAAAAAAAAAAAAAAACAAACCCAAAAAAACAACAGGAAAAAACAAAAAACCCAAAUCCCCCUGCGGAGCCCCGGGGUGGGCAGGAGGAGGGGAGGGAGAAGCCAAAGGCCACGGGAGCGACGUCAGCGCCGGCCCCGCUCGGGCCCCCUGACCCUUUUCCUGCAGGGAACGGGGCCAGGAAAACAAAGAUUAACCCCCCCGCGGAGCCAGCAAUGGGAAAAACACGGAGUUCCCACCCAAAUCCCGGAGUUUUCACCCAAAAUCCGGAGUUUGCACCCAAAUCCUGGAGUUUGCACCCAAAUCCUGGAGUUCCCACCCAAAUCCCAGAAUUCCUACCCCAGUCCCGGAGUUCCCGCCCCAAUCCCAAAUCCCGGGAUGUGCUGCUGCCUCCAAAGCCCCCCCAGUUGUUUUCCUGCUCCAAAUCCACGGAAUUUUGCCUCCAAAAAGCCCCCAAAAAUGGGGAUGGGCUGCAGGUGGGGAGGGGAAUUUGGGAUAUUCACGGGAUGUUCCUGAGGCUCCUCUUCCUCACCUCGGGAGGAGAAUUCCAGAGUCGAGUCUGGAGAUUGUCCUGGAGGUUUUGGGGGCAGGAAAGGUGACUUUGGAGCCCCGUGGAUCGGGAGGGAAGCGGGAAUUUCCUGGGAAUCACAUUGGGAUUGCUGCCUCUUCCUCGCUGCUGCUCCAAUCCUGUUUUCCCCACCGAUCCCGGGACAAUUCCCGUGGUUUUUAUCCCAAAAUAUCCAGCGUGGCUGCAGGAGCCAGCCUCCCUCUGGAAGUUCAGCCCCCAUUUUCCCUGAUCCAGCUGGUUUUUUUCCUGAUUUUUCCACGGUCUGGGGAGAUCCCGAGGUGGAAGCGGAUCCAGAAACUCCCGUGGUGUUCUGGAAAAGCUCCGGAAUCAGGAAAUCUCAUCCCAAAGCAGCUCAUUUCCAGUUUUUGGGAAAAUGCAGGGGAAACUUGGGAAACAUCUGCACCGAGCCCUGGAAUUCCCCCUCCUGUGCUGCUUUUUGGGGAUUUUAUCCCAGUUCCUCAGGCUCAUCCUUCCCACACCAAAACGGGGCUGGAAAGGGAUUUUGGGGUGUCCUUGGAUAAGGAAAAACCCCAAAAAUCCCUGGAAAAGCAGCGCUGGGGAACUGGAGCUGAUCCCUGAUCCACGAGGAGCCAGAUCGAGGCAGAAAUCUCCCAAAUUCCGGGGUGGGAAACAGGAAAAGUGAUGGAUUUUGGGGUUCCAAGGAGCUGGGAUGGAUCCAUGGCCGCUGCCAAAUCCUUCCUUGGAACCCCAAAAUUCCCAAAUUUCCCCUUCCC